AUGAGCAGUGAUGAGCUGUUUCGGAGACAGGAAGAGCUGGAACGAAAAGCGCAGGAAUUGCGACGUCGUGAGCAGGAACUGGAACGACAGCAACGAGCCGGUGCAAAUGCUGGUGCGGGAAGUGCACGGCCCCACAAUUGGCCACCAAUCCCAUCAUUUAUACCGCUACAACCAUGCUUUUAUCAGGAUAUCGAAGUGGAAAUCCCGGUACAGUUCCAGCGUACGGUCACACUGGUCUAUUAUGUUUUCUUAACAUAUGUGCUCGCUUUAACAAUCAACGUUGUUGCGUCGCUUUUUUAUGUUUUGUUUGGUGGUGGUCCGAUCGGCAUUUUGAUCCUUGCUAUUAUCCAGAUUGUGCUAUUCUCCUCCUGCUCCUUCCUUUUCUGGUUUCGCCCCGUAUACAAAGCAUUCAGGAAUGACAGUUCAUUUAAUUUCAUGGUAUUCUUCUUCGUUCUCUUCUUUCAUUCGAUAUUCACACUGGUCCAAGCGCUUGGCUUAUCGCAGUAUGCAUGUGGCUGGAUUAAUGCUGUUAAUACAUUCCAGUAA